AUGGCUCUCCUCAAGCUUCUGCUCCCCAUACUACUAUUAGCCAGCAAUCUGUGGGCCAUGUCCAUCCUCUCUGAGGCCCGGCCCGGCCCAGUAAACAUCGCAGCCCGGCUUCAGGCUGAUGAAGUGAAGCAGUGCUGGGACUCCUUGAUGGAGCUCAAGUCAUGCACUGGAGAGGUCAUCCUUUUCUUCAUCAAUGGAGAGACAUACUUAGGCCCAGGCUGCUGCCGUGCCAUUCGCAUCAUCGAGCACCAAUGCUGGGCUGCCGAUGCCAUGCUUGCCGCACUCGGAUUCACCGCCGAGGAGGGAGAUGUGCUCCGAGGAUACUGCGAUGAUGCCUCAGAUUCUUCACCUCCGCCACUACCAUUGGUGAACUUGGACCUGCCUCCACCGUCUCCGGUGUCUGAGGUCUUGGUGCACUAG